UCAGUCUCGAGAUGUUGUUCAAAAUUGUCAUCCUCUUACUGGCUUUAACGGCCACGCUCGAGGCCUCCUCCAAGCCUCUGAAGCGGAUGCGGAAAGACCUCGCUUCCCUCCCGCUGAAACCCAAAGCGAAAGACCGCUUUAGCACCCUUGUGCGGAAAAGGCGAGAGACGAACGAUGACGAAGUCUCGGUCGAAGUGACAGAUGUGGAAGUUGUAGAUAUGAUGAAGUUUUUUAUCGCGGCCGCCUGGGAGGAGGACAAGAAGGCGAUGUUGAGCGAUUUUUUGACCGAUGAGACUAACCACGAGUCCAAUAUGACUGUCAUAGGUUGGCAACGCGUGUUCGACGAAACGGGGAAAAUCACAAAGUUGGCAACCAUUCAGAUGGUGAUUCCCCCAAAACCGAUAACCGAGAUCGACAUUGCGCGAACCGACGAUGACGACGACGACGACAGUGACGAGGACGACGACCGGCUUUUGCCGCACGACGAAAUCAACGAAAUGAAGGAAAUGUUCGAGCCAAUGGCGAAACUUGGGAUUCCCCUAAGUAUGACGAUGGAGACGUACGAUAAAAAAGGCAAAUGCGAGUACAUGCUGUACAUGGAUAAGGACGAGUUGUAUGGCAAAGCUGAAGGUUUUGCCGUUUACAAUAAAACUUCAGUCGCGACUGAGAAGGAAGUUAGCGACUUUAUCGACAGUUUGAAACCUGCUGGUUUGGGGAAACCCUCAGUACUUAAAUAUGACGUCGACAACCACCUGAUAGUGGACCAUAGUAAUAUCAGACCACACAUGUUGGGCGACGUUUUGGAACAUUACGAGGCCACAGAUGACAUGCUGAUUGAGGGACCGCAAAUUAUUGCCCAAAUUUCGCAACAGUACCCCAAAGACAGUAUUCCCAAACACUUGGCGACUGAAUACAACAAGAAGUACCCAGAGUAUAAAUGGCGGGUUUUGGUCGAUCCCGAUAAUUAUUAUAUUACCAGAGACGUGUCCUUAUCAUUGAGUUAUGAUAAUUUUGAUUUGGACGAGAAUAGUUACGUUUGGUACUUGGUGUACGGGGUCAAGAAGGCCAAAAAAUAAUUUUAAAUAAAUGUUUUGUGGGCUGUUUA